UUGUUAAUGAAUAAUAAAAAAAUAAUUGUUUUUUUUUUUUUCAAAGCAUUUGUACAAAGUUAGUCAGGGAAGUCAGGGAAAGUCAUGGAAAAAAAUUUUUUUGAGUAGGAACCCUGUAUAUUUGAUGAAAAUUUGGCACAUUUAUAAAAAAAAUUUUUUACAGUAGAGCAGAUAGUUAAAACAUUGAAAUAAUGUACAGGAAUUUUAAUUAUAACAUCUGAAUUAAGCAAAAACAUAGGUAAUAUUUUUAUAUUUUGCUAAUAAUAAAACUUCAAUUAUUUUACUUUAAAUUUUUCUUUUGUUCUCAAAUUAUCUACUCCAACAAGUUUAUAUUCUUUAUCUGUGGGACAAUUCAUAUAUAGUAUUUAACACUUGAAUAAAACUUAGUGUUUUUGCAAGAUUUACUGGUGCUCCCCUACUUGUGAAUGUUCAACUUGCAAACAAUUUGACUGUACAUCUAAAAUUUAAAUUUGAAAGUUGAAGUUCUCUUGCCAGUUGUGGGGUGGCAUUGAAGUCUGUCUUUAUCCAAUAAUAAAUAAUGUGAAUUUUAUUUCUAUUGUGUAUCAUUAUUUUUCAUUUUUAUGCAAACUCUGACAUUCCAUCGCCACUUGCAAGGUAGCACUGAAGUCGGUAAUGUCAAAUAAUGGCAUUUUCGCUAUUGUUUGUAAUUUUUAUAAUCUUUUACUAUUAGUGCUUCAAAUAUGCCUUUAAAAUUUAAUAGUAAUUCUACCAGUGGAAAAAAAAUGCAAGAAGUAUGGCUCUGUUACUAUGAAAACUAAACUUGAUGUUAUAAAACUAAGUGCAUCAGAUGAAAAAAAUCACAUUUGAAACACUUGUUACUUAGCAGUAGCCAGCAGAUAAAUGAGCAUAAUGUAUUCUAUUGAGUGCAUUGAAGAAUCUCAAACUAAAAAUACAUGGUUAUUUUGUGUUCAAAUGUAUAGUACUUCCUAGGUUUUUAUCUACAAACACUUGGAUUUACAACAAAACCUGUUCAUACGUAGGGGAGUGCCUGUACCUAUAUAUACAGUAAAAUCUUUCCAAAAUGGGAUCUUAAUAAAAUGGAAACCUGCUUAAAUAAGAAGAAUUCUUAGGAACUCAGUUAUUUUUUGUGUUAAAAAAAACCUGUUCAAAAUGGAAACUUACCAAACCAGAAAAAAUAUUUUGUACUGUAUGAGUCUCAUUUACAAAGGUUUCACUUUAUCGUACUUUACACAUUAUCAUCUAACUAUAACAAAAGUUUAUCUCACUUUAGUAUCUUCAUUAUAUUUCCUGGUAUUGCCGAAUGCUUAAGGUUGUUAAGUAUAAACUUUUACUAAAAUAUAAUAAAGUAUUAAAUUAAUUAGUCUUAAAUAGUUUAGUUUUAUUUUUAAAUUAAUUUUAUAUCUUACAGAAUGCCAAGCAGUAAUUUCACUGUUAAUGAUGUUCGACAGUGUGUAGGCAGUCGCCGCAUUCUUGAUGUUAUGGAUGUUACUACUCAAAAAGACAUAGAAAUGACAAUGAAAGACUGGUGUCGAUAUUAUGAAAAUCCGAACAGAGAAAAAUUGUUAAAUGUGAUUAGUUUGGAAUUUAGUCAUACAAGAUUAGAAAAUUAUGUUGAAUCACCAACUGUAGUGAGAUUAAUUGACUGGGUAGAUUGGGUGUGGCCACGCCACUUAAAAGAAAGUCAAACAGAAGGCACAAAUGUUAUUGAAGACAUGAAAUAUCCAAAAGUGCAAAAAUAUUGCCUAAUGAGUGUGAAAGGAUGUUAUACUGAUUUUCAUAUAGAUUUUGGUGGAACAUCAGUUUGGUAUCAUAUUCUUAAAGGUCAAAAGGUGUUUUGGUUGAUUCCACCAACUGAACAUAAUUUGCAACUUUAUGAACAGUGGGUAUUAUCUGGUAAACAGGGUGAUGUAUUUUUUGGCGAUACAGUUGAAAAAUGUGCAAGAGUUCAUCUUUUUGCUGGUUAUACUUUCUUUAUACCAACAGGAUGGAUUCAUGCUGUAUUUACUCCAGAAGAUACUCUUGUAUUUGGAGGAAAUUUCCUCCAUAGUUUUGGAAUUGAAAAACAGUUAAGAAUUGCUGAAGUGGAAGAUGUUACUCAUGUACCAUUGAAAUUUAGAUAUCCAUUUUAUAUGGAAAUGUUAUGGUAUGUACUUCAAAGAUAUGUUCAGUGUGUAAUUGGGAAAUCUCAUCUGUUGUGUACAGAAGAUGGAGAACCAAUUGAGCCUGAUACUUCUCUCUUGAAUGGCUUUAAACCAGAAAAAUUGUUACCAUCUCCUUUGACUAAACUAACAGCUCCUAUCAAUCCAUUACCUAAUCUUAGUUUGUCAGAAGUUAAUGGUGAACUAAAAUUAUUUAGUUGUGCAGGAAAAUUACCAACCCCACUUGAACCAAAACCACAGUUAAUGAAAGUUGGUGUCGAAGGUCCAAAAUUUCCAACUGUAAUAAAUAGUCGUAGAAUUCCACCUGAAAUAGAAAAUUCAUUCAGAUCUGCUGUACCAAGAUUACCACUUAAAUUAACAAAUGGUAAUGCUACUGGAAGUGUAGAAAUUGAAGACGAACAUGCAAAAUGUAAUCCAAGAACUCAACAAGUUUCUCAAAGACCAUAUGUUCAUUUAACAAAGUAUGAAUUAAACGGAUUGAAAGCUAUUUUGAGAUGGCUUCAACAACUUCCUGUUAAUAAGAGAUAUGUUCCAGAUUUAAUUCGUAAUCCAGAUCAUCUUCUUACAGAUGUUAAGAUGUUGUUACAUGAACAUAGAAAUGAUGAUGAAAAACUUGCUAUUACUGGGAAACCUGUUCUUUUUUGGUCAGAGUCUUCAAAGAAACCUCGACCCAAACCUCGUACUGGGAUACCUACUUCAUCUAAACAAUCAAAAGGAAAUAAUGCAAAAGGUAAUAAUGGCAAAGAUGGUGCUGGUAGUUCUAGAAGACGGCGUACUCGAUGUAAAAAAUGUGAAGCAUGUUUGAGAGCAGAUUGUGGUGAAUGUCAUUUUUGCAAAGAUAUGAAAAAAUUUGGAGGUCCAGGAAGAAUGAAACAGUCAUGUAUUAGCAGGCAGUGUAUGGCACCUAUAUUACCUCAUACAGCAUGCUGUACAAUUUGUGGAAGAGAUGGUUGGGAAAAAGUUAGUAAUCCUCAAGAACAUGAAAAUUCAAGCUUAAUGGAAUGCUCGCAGUGUUGGGAAAUUGUUCAUCCUACUUGUUUAAAAGAACGAUUUCCUGAUCUUCCUACUGAUGGCUUAGUUGUAAAUGAUGAUUUACCAAACAGUUGGGAAUGUCCAAAAUGUUGUAGAGAUGGGAAACCAGAGCAAAUCAAGCCUCGUCAGAUGAAAGGAGGGCGUCAGAAGCCUUCAGAAUCACGAAGGCCCUCUUUAACAGGAAGUGAAAAUGGCAUUGGAAUAGAAGGAGCACCUCCUAUAUAUGAAGUAAAUGAAGGACUUAUUGAAAGAGUUAAACUAGAAGAAAAUGCCAACUCGGCAACUUCUCUUACAAUGUCAUCAGUUUCUGUGAAAAUUGAACCAAAUCAAAGAAUUGAAGAAUGUGAUCAGACAGGACCAGGAUCUGUUAGAAAAAAGAUAAAAACAGAUGAUUUUACCAUAAAAGAAGAGGAAAAUGAAGAUAAUCAAAAUAUUAUUGAUAGUAAAUAUUUGAAUUCAGAUGUUCAUAAUUCUCUAAAUAACAUAUCAAGAGAAAAAGACGAGGUAAGUAUUGUAAAAGAUUAUUGUUAUAUUUUACUAGUAGUAUUAAAAACAUUUUAGUAAAAUUGAUGAAUUAAUUUAUUUUCGUUGAACACUGAUUUUAUUUUUUUAAUUGUUUAACAUUAGAAGCUAGUUUGGUUUUUUUUUCCUCUCUUUU